AUGCACUAUUUUAGCUCUAUAGGCUGAUUUCAGCAUAUAAUAUGUGACUUCUAUUUUUUUGUAAUAGAAGAAAAUAGGCCGGACCAAUUCAUCUGAAAAAAGCUGUUUGGCAAUCAACCAAAAAUUUCGCAGUAUCAGAGAACGAUCAGUCAGUAUUGAUUUCAAAAAUCACAUAUACUAUUCUGAAACCAAGAGUUCUUAGAUGAAGCAGAUGAAAUACUUGAUGAUGAAAAAGUGACUGAUGGAAAGAAUCCGGUAUGAAGAUCAGGAAGAUGAAGAAUGAAUUAG